UUUCCUUCCCAAAAACCAUAUAAACACGCCAAGCUAGGCGGCCAUGAGAAUACAGCGCGAAGCUCCGCUUCACAAGCAAGAACAUUAAGCUAGCUGCACCCAAAUCUCAAAUUAAUUAGCAUCUUUGAUCACACACGUAUAGAGUUCUUGCAGCUCAGGAACUGAUCAAAAAGCUUCCUUGGUGGUCGGCUGUGUUGCUGCGUGAUCAAGAAAGAAUUCAUCAGUGGAGGGGUGUAGGCAUGGAGGUGGAGGCGGUGAGCUGCGAGUGCUGCGGGCUGGAGGAGGAGUGCACCGGCGAGUACAUCGGCGGGGUGAGGGCCUGCUUCGGGGGGAGGUGGCUGUGCGGGCUGUGCUCGGAGGACGUCAAGUACGAGGCCGGCAAGUGCGCGGGAGCGGGCGCCGCGCCCGACGUGGAGGAGGCCGUGCGCGCGCACAUGGCCAUCUGCCGCAUGCUGAAGAGCGGCGGCCCCGCCGGCCGCGUCGCCGAGGGCAUGCGCCAGAUGCUGCGCACCGCGUCCUGGAAGAAGGCCUCCCCCUCCACGUCUUCGACGCCGUCGCCGUCGCCGUCGCCGCGGGAGCACCACCGCGCGUCGCCGGUGUCCAUCGGGCUCUGAUCGCGAGGGAGGCGUCGUGCUCGGUUCUUGUGAGGUGCACGCUAGCUUCGGCCUCCUCUCGCCUCACUAUGCACUGGUAUUAGCGUUCUUGAUAGAUCGCCAUGGGUGUCUGCAAAUUCUACGUAAGUUUUGAUCCCAGUGGAGUUACUUAAUUAUGGUAAACGAAGUGUACAUACAUGUAAGGGUUAAUCAAGCCUUUGAGAUGAUGGCUUUGAUCAAGAAAUCAAAUAGCUUAUAUGCAUCAGUUAUUUAAAA